GAGUUCCGAGAGCCGCUGGGAGAGGCGGGGUGCUGCUCCCUCCUUCCAUGACUUUGAACCCAGGCGAUCGGCGAAGGAGGGGAAAUGGAGUGUGUUCUCCGGCCCUGCAGGGCUGAAGACUGCGCGGAGGUCAUGCGGAUGAUAAAGGAGCUGGCGGAGUUUGAGAAGCUCCCGGACCAGGUACAAAUCAGCGACCAAGUGCUCAGGGAAGACGGUUUCGCCAACGACCCUUUCUACAGAUGUCUGGUGGCCGAGGUCCCGCCCGAGCAUCGGAGUCGAGACGGACACACCGUCGUGGGGUACGGCCUCUAUUUCUUCACCUACAGUACCUGGAAAGGCAGGAACAUCUACAUGGAAGACCUGUACGUCAUGCCUGAGUUCAGAGAUGGGGACCCAGAAGUGGUGACAUUCCAAGCGGACAAUCUUUCCAGACCUCAUCUCAUCUCAGAAGCGGCCCUUCUUCUGUACGAAGAUUGUGAGUCAAGGACCCCAAAUCCUGAAGUGCUGACAAAUUGGAGGCGGGGGUAUUUGCCUUCUGAAUUUAUUUUAUUUUAUUUUAUUUGUUUUUUUGUUUUGAGCUUCUAGGGGGAAGCUGCUAGCUCCUAAGAGCGGUUAGUUUCAGGUACAAACUUCAUGUGCCGAAAGUUUCCACUGUGCAUGCAAAAAUCUGUAAAUCAUCUCAGACCAUUGUAGGCCAUGGAAUCUCUUCCCGGUGCUCCUGGACGGUGAAACCUCCAACCAUCUAGCAGGGCAGCUCCGCAGGGGUUGUGAUCCUGGAAUGGGUUCCCUAGGGAGGUGGUGGAAUCUCCAUCCUUAGAGGUUUUUAAGGCCCGGCUUGACAGAG